AUGGCGUUUCCAUUGUUGUGGAGGAAGUGGAUUAAAGAAUGUAUAAGCACAACAACUGCAUCAAUUCUUGUAAAUGGAAGUCCUACUGAUGAGUUCUCUUUGCAUCGGGGAUUGCGUCAAGGGGAUCCUUUAUCACCUUUCCUAUUUAUGAUAGCAGCUGAAGGUUUAAAUGUGUUGAUGAAAUCGGUGGUGGAGAAUAAUUUGUUUAAGGGAUAUGUGGUUGGUGCUUCAAACUCGGUGGUGGUUUCUCAUUUGCAAUUUGCGGAUGAUACGUUGUUAUUAGGUGAAAAGAGUUGGGCUAAUGUGAGAGCUUUAAGGGCGGUGUUGACUUUGUUUGCUGAGAUGUCUGGUUUAAAAGUGAAUUUCAACAAGAGUCUGUUGGUUGGUGUUAAUAUUGGAGAGUCGUGGUUGUUAGAGGCUGCAUCAGUUUUAAAUUGUAAAGUGGGCAAAAUUCUGUUCUUAUAUCUUGGUCUAUCUAUUGGCGGUGAUCCUAGAAAAUUAGCUUUUUGGGAACCUGUGGUGUCUACUAUUAAAACUAGAUUGUCGGGGUGGCAAAGUUGUUUUCUAUCUUUCGGGGGUCGCUUGGUUCUUCUUAAGUCUGUCCUGACUUCGCUUCCUGUCUAUGCACUUUCCUUCUUCAAAUCUCCGUCAGAUAGAGGUGGGUUUUGGUAUAGGGUGUUGGUGGCGAGAUAUGGUGAGGAGGCAAGGAGGUUGGAGGUUGGGGGCCGGAGUGUAUCAUCUUGGUGGAAGGAGGUAGCGAAGAUUAAGGAUGGUGUAGGAGAGGAUGAUGAGGGAUGGUUUGUAGGGAAGGUGUCGAAGUUAGUAGGGGAUGGUUCGAACACUUUGUUUUGGUUUGAUAGGUGGUUAGGAGAUGUUCCGUUUAAUAGACGUUUUGCUCGUUUAUUUGAUUUAACGACGAAUAAAAUGUGUACGGUGGCUGAUAUGUAUCGAUUAGGUUGGGAGGAGGGUGGGGAUGCGUGGGUGUGGCGUAGAAGAUUGUGGGCUUGGGAAGAGGAGUGUAGGUCUUUACUUGAUAAUGUUCGUUUGCGUUUGAAUGUUUUAGACAGGUGGCAGUGGGAUCCAGAUACCAUUGAUGUUUAUACAGUGAGAGGGGUUUAUCAGAUUCUGACAACCUCGGUUUCCAACACGAUUGUAAAGACAGACGAAUUGGUAUGGCAUAAGCAAGUACCUUUGAAUUAG